AUAGUGUAAGCUCUGGAGGAUAUUUUUUAUCGAUUGAAUAGGAAAAACCCGCAGGAUUGUAGAAAAGCGAAGCGUCGAGGUCGAAGGGGUUGCGUGGUCACGUGAUACUGGUUGGUACAAUCGAUCAAUCAUUGAAGAGAAUAACAAAGUUGAGAGGUCUUCAAACAUGGCGGGCAGUACAUCUCCGGUUUCGAAGCAGGCAUUUCACGAGACCUACGAGCUAAAGGAAGAACUGGGAAAAGGUGCAUUCAGUAUUGUUCGUCGAUGUGUACAUAAGGAGACGAGACUUGAGUAUGCCGCCAAAAUUAUCAACACCAGAAAAUUAUCAUCCAGAGACCUUCAGAAGCUCGAACGAGAAGCCAGGAUAUGCCGCCUACUAAAGCAUCCUAACAUUGUUAGACUUCAUGCUAGCAUUGCAGAAGAAGGAUACCACUAUCUAGUGUUUGACCUAGUAACAGGAGGAGAAUUGUUUGAAGACAUUGUUGCAAGGGAAUACUAUAGUGAAGCUGAUGCAAGUCACUGCAUACAGCAGAUACUUGAAAGUGUUCAUCACUGCCAUCACAAUAAUGUAGUUCAUCGCGAUUUGAAGCCUGAGAAUUUACUUCUUGCAAGUAAAGAAAAAGGUGCAGCUGUCAAGCUAGCCGACUUUGGGUUAGCUAUUGAGGUGGAUGGUGACAAACAUGGCUGGUAUGGUUUUGCAGGAACACCAGGUUAUCUCUCCCCAGAAGUCCUCAAGAAGGAGCCUUAUGGCAGAUCUGUGGACUUAUGGGCAUGUGGUGUUAUCUUGUACAUUCUACUUGUUGGUUACCCUCCGUUUUGGGAUGAAGACCAACACAAAUUGUAUGCUCAGAUUAAGGCUGGCGCUUAUGAUUAUCCAUCCCCAGAAUGGGAUACAGUCACAGAUGAGGCAAAGGAGCUCAUUAACACUCUGCUAUGCGUUGAUCAGUCCAAAAGGAUAACAGCUACAGAAGCGCUGAAACAUCCGUGGAUCGUGAACCGUGAACGUGUGGCUUCCAAAGUACACAGACAAGAAACGUUGGACGGAUUGAAGAAAUUCAAUGCUAGAAGGAAACUUAAGGGCGCAAUUCUGACCACUAUCCUGGCAACGAGUAAUUUUAAUCUUUCUUCAGUUCGACCUUUUGUCAGUAAGAAAAAGGGAUCGGAUGAGGAACUUACGGUUCAUUCUGAAGAUGAACAUGAGGUUGACGUGUCAGCAAAUAAAGCCAAAGAACAGCACAUCAUUCAGCUUACUCAGAAGUUGAUAACUAGUAUCACGACUGGGGACUUCGACACCUACAGCAAAUUAGUAGACCCACAUGUGACAGCGUUCGAACCUGCAUCUAAUGGCAACUUAGUUGAAGGCUUAGAGUUCCACAAGUUUUAUUUUGACAAUUUGCUCGGCAAAAGAGCAACUCCAGUCAAUACAACUAUUUUGUCGCCCCACGUACACAUGCUAGGAGAUGAAGCUGCUUGUAUCUGCUACGUUCGGCUUCAACAGUUCAUAAGCAGUGCUGGUGUACCGUUGACAAGGCAGACGGAAGAAACACGAGUCUGGCAGAAAAAGUCUGGACAUUGGAUCAACGUACAUCUACACAUAUCAAACGCGACAUGCAGUCCGAAAAGUUAAGACGAGUUGGCUGCACAUGGUAAUUCCUGACGUCAUUGUAAUGGCGGAAGUACUUUAGCGUAUAGCGCUUUGAAAUAAUACACGAACUGAGUGGCACGUGACUACGCAGGACGCCCGCAAUACAUGAUGGCCAUUGACUUUUGUCAAACUAGUAAAAUUGAAUCGCAAAAAGGUUGCUUAUACUAGAACAUAAUGCUUGUUUUAAACUGUGUCAGCUUGUAUUUUAAGAAAUAAUAUUACUGCGUUCUGCCGCACCAUGUAGUAAUAUCCAGCUUUUGGUCAUGCUUUUACGGGAUGUUUGGUAGAUUUUAUUUCAAGGUUGUACAUACUAUCUAAAGUAACAAUAGGUUUCUUUCAAUGCUGCAAUGUAGUUAUGAAAACAGUCAUUUUCUCCAAUGAAGGCCAUGGAAAUGUAGGCCGAGUCCUCACAGUUGGAAGUUAUUUAUUUAUUAAUUUUUUCCCGAAUUCAGGGAUUAUUGUUGCAUACAAUUGUUGGAAAUGUUGGAAUUUUCUCAGUGUGUUAUUUGAAUGUAGAUGAUGUAGGUGUGGUAAAAGAAAAGUUGCGUGAUACAAUAGAAUCUAAUUUUUAAUUGAAUUUAGGAAUUUUAAUUUUAAAAUGUAAUAUUUGGGGUAUGAUGAGGGUUUAACUACUUCACAAAAAUAUUUUACAAGUUGUUCUAGCUUGUUAUUGAAUUACAAACUAUAUGGCGCAAAACAAAAUUAAUCUGUUAUAAACAGUAAACUCAAUAGUAGGAGGGAAAUAUUUGGCGCUUAAAAAGGUUUAACAGUUUUAUUAUUAUUAUCAUUAUUAUUAUUAUUAUUAUCAGUGUAUUAUAAUAAUCUUUAUUGUCAUUGUUAUAACUACUAAUAUAACACGUGUUACAUUUCAAGUAAUUAAGAGAGAAUUUUCGAAUGAAUGUCAAGUUGCAAAACCAGAUCCAAGGUUAUUCUCA